UCUUUUUUUUUGUAUUGUUGACGAGCGGAUGCUCUCGAGCUGCACUUGGAAGGUAGCUGAAGUCGUAAGCUGUUGUCGCUUCCUGAACAGGUCUUUUGGCUACCAAGUCAUCAUGUUUCGCUGUGCGUUUUUGAUUUUGUUCCUCGCUCUGGGAUAUGAACUCCAUCUAUCACAUGGGACUGAAGUGUCAGUCAACAACACGGAUAACAAAUUAUGCCUCUACGCCAAUUUGAUGGUCAACUUCUCAGUCGCAUAUGAAGUUGGUGUAAAUAAGAGUGAAACUGUUAUUUUGGUACUGCCUGAAAAUGUGACAACUGAAGGGAGCGCCUGUGAUAACACAACAUCGACAUUGAAACUCAGUUUUGGAGAUGGGCACAGUUGGACAGUGGAUUUCACUAAAAAGAACAAAACCUACCAAGUAGAUACCAUUGUCUUCUCCUACAAUCUCAAUGACUCAAGCGUCUUCCCCAACUCUACAUCAAAAGAAACCAAGUCUGUGACAGUAAAGUCAAUUAUCACCAACGUGAGUGUGGACACCUACUACUCCUGCAAGAGUGCAGAUGUCCGGACAGUAGAGUCUGUCAUUCAGACACUGUAUGAUGUUGCUCUACAGGCGUUUGUGAUUAACGGCAGCAAAAGUGACACCGACACCAUAUGCUCCGCUGACAUGACCUCCACCACUGUGGCGCCCACCACGACCGUUUCCACCACAGCUGCCCCCACUUCUACCCCUACACUGCCCACGCCCACUACUGGAAAGUACAGCAUCGCAACCGACGUCAACAGCACAGCCUGCCUGAUGGCCACCUUCGGCCUACAGAUCGGCUACAAGCAUGGAGACAAAGAGGAGACCAUCAACCUGGUGCCCAAUAUGACUGAAGUGGGCGGAGCCUGUAGGGCCAACAGCAGCGAUCUCAUGUUGACAUCGGAUACAAUCACCAUCAUGUUCACGUUCAGCAACGACGGCAAGAAGUUCCAACUGCACGCUCUGAAUGUCACAGUGAUACCAGCCACUGGGGCUCCCGUCGUUGCAGUCAAUACCAACAUGUCCAUUUGGGCGGCGGCGGUAGGCAGCUCCUACAUGUGCAACAAGGAGCAGACCUUAAACGUCACCGACACGCUCACUCUCUACACGUUCGAGCUUCGCGUCCAGCCCUUUGAAGUCAACAAAGGCGAAUUCGCUACAGCCCAUGAAUGUUCACUGGAUGACACCAGCAUCUUAAUCCCUAUCAUUGUUGGUGCCGCCCUGGCUGGCUUGAUUCUCAUUGUAGUGAUUGCUUACGUGAUUGGUCGUAGGAAGACCUAUGUGGGAUAUCAGACCCUCUAAAAAGCAAUCUGUGAUCAUGAAUCUGUGAUAAUUAAUCAAGAACACAGGUUGAUCCUUGUGUGGGGUGGCGGUCCCAAAGCCUGGUCCUGGAUGGCUGUCUCAGUGCAGUCUUUCAAUUGACGACUGACUUGUACAACUGGAAUAGUCAGACUGUCACCUCCUUACUUCAGCCACUCUUAAGAGCUGCUCUUAGACUUGAGCUUAGUCUAGCUUUGCUUAGGUGUAGACUUGAGCAGCUUUAUUCAGGUAAACCUGAAGACUCAAAAUGCUCUCCGGGACCAGGUUCGACUGUCAUACCCCGUUUAUUUGUUUGAUUUCCGUUUUGUUUGAUUUGCUUAAUCUUUUUUUUCUGUUGUAAAGGAGCAAGUGCAUGAUUAUUUGACCUCUGUGCAAUUUUUUGAAACCUUUGGAACCAGUAAAGGCCUUAUUUAUUGAACAUUCUCAGUGAUUGCACCUGACCCAUCUGACAUUACUUGCCGGAGGAUUCUCAUUCAGGGUAGGGAUGCUUUUUAUGAAGUAGCACAUUUCAUAGAAACACCAGUUAAAGUCCUUGUGCUACAGUUUGCACAUUUUCACGAGGAGCUGUGACUAUUGGGGGCUGUGCCCUUUUCACUCUGAAUCAUGCACUUGCUCCCUCCCUCCCUUUGGCAUAUCUUUUUUUUGUUUAUGUUCUUAUUGAAUUUGUGUAUUUUCAUUCAACCUUUCUUUUGUGGUUUUAUUCAUCCUCACAACUCAUCGUAGCAGUGCACCAUUUUGACUGACUUGAACAUUUCACAUUUGCCUCGCUGCUCAAUGAGACAUCAUUGAGUAGCUUUGUUGAUUUGGCUCAGGAACUAUUUUAUGAACUAACCAGGAUCAAGGUCUGCUGCUUUGCGCUCCUUGCUCUUUCAGCUCGUUACUGAUCAUCCACUAGUCGGUCAUUAGUUUGAAUUUGGAAAUGUGACUUUUUGACUGAAAUGUGUGGCCGCAACUCGGGUAAAAAGAAAAGGUGGUAUUGCUGGCAUAUAGUUCCGUCUCUAAGUUGAUUUGACAAAACAAGGCCUCCGUCAUUUAUAUUCACGCACAGCAAUACUUGACGUAUGGUUGCCACCAAUGUCAGUCUGUCUCUGACUUUGACUGACUGGCUCACAUUGUGUAGUGUGAAAUCUACCAAGUGUUUAAUUAACUUUGAAAAGUCCAUGCCUAGUUUGAGGAUGUAAAAGACAAACCUGAAAAGAAAGGUAACACAAAACCCCUCCUGUCAUUACAUGUUGGCGUUAGGUUUAAAAAAGGGAUAGCUCUGAUUAUUUGCGGUCAUUCAAACCUGUUCUUCGCAGAUGGUGGUGAUUCUUUUUUUAAAAUACAUUUUAAAUGCACUUAAUUGUUCAGUAAGUUUGACAUAAAUUGAAAAUGUGUGCUGCAAUGUUACACCUGUGUAUAUUAUAGCUGUUGCUGUGGUGUUGCUCCCGAAAGCUGCCACUUAGUAAGGGGGCACUUGUGACCACGGCUGGGGUCUAUUCCAUUUCAAUUAAUAAAUUCUAAUUCCAAUUUGCCUCACAGCUUUUUCAUGAGGAAAAUUGGAAUUAUAAGUUCAGCUUACUUCCUGAAUUGACUUAAAUGAAAUGGAAUUGACUCUAACCCUGCCUAGUUGACCGCUUGUAAGUUGCACCAAUCGAUCGAGUAGGAGAAAGGAUGAUUGUCCACAGGAUUUGCAGUACAUGUGUAUAUUGUCGUACUGUUAGGACAGGUGAAAAUGGGUAGUUGCUGUGUAUUAUCGUUUUGUCGUAGUGAGAUGGUCUGCAUGAGACAUGAAGAAAUUUGAUUGCCGCCUUUAAUUUCUGUUGAUCAAUCAGUCAACCCCAAAACAUUUAAGAUGCUGUAUAUGUGAAUGAUCUGCUUUUUUUUCCUUUUCAAAUAUAUUAUUGAUUAUUGCUUUUACAUUCCAGUGUGUUGUCUUGGAAAAUUGACUGCUUUUGUACAAAUUCUGUUUGUUACUUUGGUUUUAAAAUUGUAUUUUUUUUCUUCACCACGUCAACAAUCAAUUCUAAAAUACAAUUUUGAAAACAUUUACUAUACCCAAUUUUCAUUCACUUGACAUGAUCAAAUGUUAUGAUUGUGACAAUUUUGUGCCUUGCUCAACAAAGCAGCUCCAUUUUGAGAUUCAAUCACGUUUGAUUACAUUUACAUUAAUGAAUCGGAUUAUUUGGCUCAUAUUUUUUUUCUCUCCUAGUUUAUGUAUUCAUAAAGCAGCAUGUUAAGAAACGGGAAAUCCCAAUUACAGGACAGACCCAUUCUUCAAAUUAAGAUACGCUGAACACCUUCCUAAUAUUUGUUACUUUAGAACGGCCUCAAUUCGUCUGGGCUGACUCAACAAGGUGUCGAAAGCGUUCAACCGGGAUGCUGGCCCAUGUUGACUCCAUGUUGACUCCAUGUUGACUCCAUGUUGACUCCAUGUUGACUCCAUGUUGACUCCAUGUUGACUCCAUGUUGACUCCAUGUUGACUCCAUGUUGACUCCAUGUUGACUCCAUGUUGACUCCAAUGCUUCCCACACAAUUUUGUCAUUCCCUUUCACCCACUGAAUGGCACACAUACACAAUCGAUGUCGCAAGGCUAAAAUACUUACUUAACCGGUCUCCUCUUUCGUCUACACUGGUUGAUUUGAAGUGGAUUUAACAAGUGACAUCAAUAAGGAUCAUACUUUUAAUCUGGAUUCACCUGGUCAGUCUGUCAUGGAAAAGCAAGGUGUUCAUAAUGUUUAAACUCGGUGUACAUUAUUUUCUUCUGUGGCGGUGAACAAUGUUAAUUUUUGAAUUCCUUUUCAAUAGGCUUUUAGCUGCAAUAAAUGGGAAUGGAAAUUGUGCAUAAACUGGCGUGGACCAUUUGUAAUAUUUUACAAUAUUAUUGGUCCCCCGGACAUUUUAGUAAAUCCCUCCUUUGUUUUCCAACUAUUCUUGACUGAGAAGUGUCUAUGAUUGACCAUGCAUUCACCAUUUUGAUGUUUUACCUUUCUUCCACCCUGCAACCCCCCCGUGCCCACUUUCUUUACUGUCAUCCAGCGGAGGAUUGCCAAGACGAUACGACAGAGAGCUGGCUUGUUCCUAUAGCGGUCGGGGUUGCCUUGACUUUACUGGUCCUCAUUGUGUUGGUUGCCUAUUUCAUUGGAAGAAAGCGAAACCAGGGCACUGGCUAUGAGCACUUCUAAAUUAUCUUCACUAUGCUGAGGCUAUAACUUCGGUCAUCUGGAUAAUUGUUGAUUUAAUUUGACUAAUAUACUGUGCAGAGUUUACUUAAUGGUGAAAUUCACCGGAUGGAAAGCUCUUUCUCAUGAAACAAUGACUUGGAGAAGCGGCUGUGUUAACGAUGGCAUGUAACAGCUGUGUGUGUAAUUAGAAUUUAUUGAUUUUGAUUGACACAUCUUAUAUUCCUCAUCACAUGGUUGACUAUAGAUGGCUGAUGACCAAAUGUUUUCCUAAUUGCAAUUAAUGCCCAUGCUCUGACGGACCCUGAUGAAUAUGUCUUGGUUCUGAACUUGCUGCUUUUAAAAAAAAUCUAAUUUAUUCCAUGUCUGUGAAGGACUUAACCAAAUCCUGUUUCUUCUCUCCUCUUAACUCUGGUCUUUUCUGCUGACUAAUCACUAGCAUGCUAUAAUUGCUAACCCUUCUUCUCUGUCUCUUCUCUGUGGCAGCCGUGGAGUGCUUCAUGGACUCUGAUUUGAGCUUUCUGGUGCCCAUUGCUGUGGGCGUGGCCCUCAGCUUCCUAAUCAUCCUUGUGCUUAUCUCUUACCUGAUUGGCCGGAGGAAGAGUCGCACUGGCUACCAGUCUGUAUAAUCCAACCAAUCACAGCUGCUUUUGCCUCUACCCAUUCCCUCAUAUCCUCCAAGCCCCUCACAACAUGUUCCCUGUUGCCUCCCCAUCCCCAAAGCUUCUUCUAUGGCAUCCAAAUGUUUCUUUCCAUUUCCCAUGGGUCUUUCCUUGAUGUUACCCUCAGCAAAUUCCCUUUUCACACACCUACCCUACUUCUCACCCCACCCAACAGUUCUUUUGAAAGUCCUUUUCGUAUGACUUAAGUCAUCAAGCAACAAAACAUGUCAAAAUGAUCAGUGGUUUUACACCAAGUGUGUUUGGAUGUAAAUUGCAUGGAGUAUCAUGGCUCCUCUUAAUAACAGGGCAUCAGUUGUUUGUUCCCAGAGGUUCAUAUGAAUGAGGCUGUUUUCUCACACUGUUCUGUUGAUAUCCUGUAUUAUAUUUGUGUACAUUUUAAUUGCUCUCUUGUAUAGAAUGAAUGUUCAUUUUUGAUGAAUAGAGAUGUCAAAUUAUACUGAGAAAAUAUUGAAAGCGCAUUGAAAUUUAGAGCCAAUGUUAUAUCUAAGUAUCCAUUGGUAAAUCUUUGCAGAAUUAGAAAAUGCCAUUUAUUUUUAUGAAUUCCCUCAUUAAAUUAGCAGAUUCUUAAUUGUGAUUGUACCCCCUGCACUUAUUUCUCUUAGUCGUAGUACAAUAAAAGGGUUUUGACUAGACUGGAUACAGCUUUUGUCAGAUUUGACUUUUCAUGGCAGGUUAGGAGAAUUAGGUUAAGGUUAGGAAAUUGUAUUCCUUUCUAGCCAUGACCCAAUGAAAGGGACACUAACUUUACAAAGACACAUAGCUACUAACCAGCAUUUGGAGCAGUUGCAUAAAUGUCAUUUUGAUGUUUGUAUUUUCACUAAUGUUACAAAGUCCCCUCGGAAAGGAGGAUGAUGGCAUAGUCUUGGGUCUGGUAUCAGAAAUGGCCCAGUUAAGAAAUCUACAACAAGAACUGCGUCAUGUUCAGUAGGGAGAAUGUUUUGAAACUUUAUAAACCGUGAGGUACUGCCUAAACAAUAGAAACAUUCUGUUGCAACCCUUUUUGCUACCGCGUAUCCUUCUGAAUGCGACCCAGGCCUCAUAAUAGGAAGUAUAAGAAUUGACCAAAAUGAUUUUAUGACCAAAGCCUGGACAGGAAGGAAACUCCUUUCUGAACCUCCCCAUCUCAGAGCAGGUAAAUUAACAGCCACAUUUUUUUUUUUUUGCAAAACAGUAAAAUGAAUUCAGUGUGUUUUGACCAAGGAUGCUAUUUCCUUACUGUUCUUGUAUCAUGCUCAUUAUUCGGUGUGAACUUCUGUUUUGUACCAAUACUUAUGAUUAUACUGAUCCUGGUUAAGUUUGCCUCUAAGAUGGGGUUUUGUGCCUUUUUGUUGCACUACUAUUCCCCUCAUAACCAAGUCUGUCUCUUAUCUCAUGACGAUUGUGAAAUGAUGUAAGCUCGUUGAACUAAAGUUGAGGGAAACGUUUAAAUAAAGUUGCUUUCCUGUUUUGUAGCAA